AUGUUUCCGAGAGCUCCCGACAGUAGACAGUUGGUUAACAAAGCAGUUAUUGCCGAUAACCUUACAGAUGCAGAAGGAAUAAGGCUAUUCGGAUUUAUUAGCCCAGAUAAAUCUGGAUUUUAUCUCUUCAUUGUUCAAUUUUGUUCUGCUGAAGUUUGGCUCAGUCAUAACGAGAACUGGAGAAAUGCAAGGAAGGUAUUCGAUUCUGAAAACCAACCGAGGGAACUUCGGUUUUCGGAUAAAACUGCUCUGGUAGCUGGAAAUAAGUAUUUUAUUGAAGUCGUCUCCACUUGUUUUCAUAGGAGAAACAAAAUCCAACUUCUGUGGAAAACCCCAAGCAGUUCUACUUUUGAAAUAAUUAACGGGUCGUAUUUAUCGCAAUACGUAGAUGACACUGGUCGGAAUCAGUCCUUGAUUUACGAUGAUUUGUUACCAGAUUCGCUCGUUUGUGCCUCAAGAAGGAACAAUAGGACAUAUUUUAAAGCCCAGCCCGAAAUAAGCUAUUUAUCGCACGACGAAGUGAAAGAUAUUUUACCGUAUUGUGAGUACAACCCAAGCUAUACCGUAAACUACAAAAUGAAGAGGUAUGAAGCCGUGACGAGGCAUGUUGUCCAUUCAUUUAUUUACCCAUUUCCUGAACAUAUAGACCUUAAAGACCAAAAAUAUUGGAUUUAUCCACUGGGAGUAAACGAAGCGAGGAAAGUUGNGUUAAGAAAGUUCUGCAAUUUACAGGGUUGCCAAUGGUCAGGGGAAAAAUUAUUCAAGGGAAAUCUUAUUUUUAUCACUGAAAAGUCACGGAGUUUUGAGAAGUGA